AUGGCGGCUUGCAUGCGGCGAUUUGCGUGCUCGAGCGUCUAUAGAAUGUGUACGACAUUGAACGGAGCUACAACGACAACAUUCACCUACCUCAGAGAUACACGGUUAUUAUUUCAUACUGCUGGUGUCAAUACAGACAAAUACAGAAAAGUUCAAGAAACCACCGAAGGAGAUGUUACGACGGUUGAAGCAGAAUAUGUUUCAGCAACUGCAGCAACUAAAUUCAUUAACGAAGAAUAUAAAGAUGCUUGUCCAAUCUGUCGACUAAACCUCAAGGUAACAUAUAAGGAUGUUUUAAUAUUAAGCCAAUUUAUCAAAGAAGAUGGCUCAAUGUUGCCGAAACGUAUCACAGGUGUUUGCUCUAAGCAGCAUUUGAAUCUGGUAGAGUGUAUUAAGAGGGCUCAUAAAGCAGGUUUAUUACCAGAUCACAAACCAAAAGAAAAAAUGGUUUUACCACCAGGAAUACAAGGAAAGAAGAGAAUCCGUUUACCACGAUUCUGAGGUGGAACAUUUCCAAGCCAUCUUUCAGAAGAUGACAACAAAAGGCAUUGAUUCAGUCAUGGCACCAUCACGAGCAGUGGAGUAUCCAGGAUUACAUUCAAUGAACUUUACGCAAAGGUGCUAAACUAGAGACAGAGCAUAGAGAUGGCUGACUACACCAUUAAUUGGUAGAUAACGUGUAACAUAACUUAAUUUGCCAUUUAUUUCAGGCACCGGAAAAACACCCUGGUUACACCACUGACAAGGUGUCCAAAGUUCCCGGGAGU